UGAAGUGUUUCAGCUGAGCCGCGUUGUUCUAAAUCUACUAGAAGCAGUGCCAGAGUCAUUUGGGCGGCUUCGAAAUCAAAACUUUUUAAAACUUUGUGAUCCUUUUUUUUAAAAUAUAUGACUCGCCUUAUUCCAAAAGACAGAUGCAGUAAAUUUGGAAAAUGGCCGGUGCCUUAUUAAAGUGCUUAGUCUUGGCGCUCUCAGUAUGCGCGCACAGACUUUUGGCAGACCCCCGCGUUGAGACGGGUGAUGAAUCCGAUGACAGCGCCUCGACCCUGGCCUUUGUGUUCGAUGUUACCGGCUCCAUGUACGACGAUCUGAAACAGGUGAUAGAGGGCGCCUCACGGAUCCUGGAGAAGACGCUCAGCCGGAGGACCAGACCCAUUAAAAACUUUGUCCUGGUCCCCUUCCACGACCCAGAUAUCGGCCCCGUGUCCAUCACCACCGACCCAAAGAAGUUCCAGCAGGAUCUGCAAGAGCUGUUUGUCCAGGGUGGAGGCGACUGCCCUGAAAUGAGUAUCGGAGCCAUAAAGAAAGCACUGGAGGUUUCCCUGCCUGGAUCCUUUAUCUAUGUGUUUACUGAUGCCAGGGCCAAAGACUACCGCCUGAAGAGAGAUGUUCUGCAACUGGUGCAACUCCGUCAAUCACAGGUAGUAUUUGUGUUGACCGGGGACUGUGGAGACCGCUCUCAGCCUGGUUACAGGGCGUACGAGGAGAUCGCCGCCACCUCCUCUGGGCAAAUCUUUCACUUGGAUAAGCAGCAGGUCAAUGAGGUUUUAAAGUGGGUAGAGGAAACAGUUCAGGCCAUGAAGGUCCACCUUCUGUCCUCCAAUCAUGACAGUGCCCAGGAAAACAACUGGGAAGUUCCCUUUGACCCAAGCCUCAGAGAGGUCACGGUGUCACUCAGUGGACCAGCACCAGAAAUCGAGCUCAGCGAUCCUUUGGGUCGGGCAGUUGGUGUAGAGGAGGGCCUUAAAGAACUCUUGAAUAUUCCCAACUCAGCUCGUGUGAUAAACCUCAAGUUUCCUAGACCCGGUGCCUGGAAACUGAAGAUAAGCUGUAGUGGGCGUCACACUCUGAGGGUCACAGGAGUCAGCAGUCUCGACUUCCGCGCAGGCUUCUCCAGCGUACCUGUUACAGAGUUCAACCACACGAGAGAGAGGCCGAUAAAAGGGCUCCCAUCCCAUGUUUUACUGAAAUGCACCGGCCUGAAGCCUCCAGGUCAUCUGAGCCAUGUGGAGCUUGUGUCAGGCUCAGGCCGCUCCUUGCGAACGAUCCCUGUACCGCUGCCCUCUGACCUUGGAAAACAAGGCCUGUGGAGUCUCCCGGAAUUCCGCACCCCUUCCCAGAGCUUCUUCAUCAAGGUAACGGGCAAAGACGAAGAGGGCUACCGCUUCCAGAGGCUGUCCAGCGUCUCCUACACCAACAUCAUUCCAGAUGCUCCAGCUGUGAGCAUGUCGACUGUAGUGAAGGGCGUUUAUAUGCAGCCAGCUGUGAUUGGCUGCUCUGUAAAGAGUGACAUUCCCUACAGACUAAGAUUCACCAGAAGUGGAAUUACACUGGGAAGCGAGAGGUUCUUUCAGUAUUCUGCCGUUGCAUCAUGGGAAAUUCCGAAGGCAUCAGCCGAGGACGAAGGCCCGUAUGAGUGUAUGGCGCAGAGCAGCGCAGGGCAGGGGUGGGCUGUAACACAGUUAACUGUUAGAGAUCCUCCUCCGGUCUUGAAGCCCCCAGUGAAUGUGACAUCUUCUGUGGGAGGCGUGGCUGUGCUGUCCUGUCAGGUGGAGGGAAACAUGCGCCACAAUUUGACCUGGCAUCGAGGGGGCUAUGCUAUCCAGGCACGGGCAGGGAGGGUGAAGCUGCUGCCCAACUCUUACCUGCAGAUCAGCGCUGUGCGGGCUCAGGAUGCUGGGGAGUACCGCUGCGUGGCAACCAACCCCUACGGAGACAGCAGAAUCGCCGUGUGGCUCCACGUCCCAGAGGCUCCUUCUGUGGUAGUGCACCCGCAGUCCCUGGCUUUCUCCCAAGGCGAUGAGAUCCGCCUGGUCUGCUCGGCGUCCGGCUCCCCCCCUCCCCGGCUCUUCUGGAGCCAAGGCAACGUGUUCCUAACUAAUCGGCCGAGGUUCAGUCUGAACCAGCAUGGAGUUCUAACCAUUAAAGGGGCCCUCCCAGAGGAUGCUGGGAACUACACAUGUCUGGCAAGCAACGAGGCUGGGACUGCCUCUCAGUCUGUGUCACUUAGUUAUGCGGAGGCACCAAGAAUAACAGUGGUACAGCAGGUUGUGCUAGUGACUGUUGGUGGUGAUGCAACUCUCGAGUGUCAGGCCACAGGCUUUCCGUCCCCUCUUGUCCACUGGUUCAAAGGUGAACUCGAGGUGGGCUCUGCUCCUUUUGUUGAGCAGGACGUACAUCGCGGGACGCUGCACAUUCGUGGCGUGCAGGAGGUCGACGCUGGUCAGUACAGCUGUGUGGCGAGCAGCUCUGCUGGAACCUCCUCUGGCACUGUUAGUCUGGUGGUUGGAGCGGGUCCAUUGUUUUCCGAGGCACCGGCUGACGUGACAGUCAAUGUCGGGGAGAAUAUCACCCUCCCCUGCACUGCCCGGGGAUUCCCGCAGCCGACGGUGACCUGGCGCAGACAGGAUGGCAGACAGAUUCUCAUGCGUUCAGACAGCCACAGUAAAACAAUGCAGCUGGAGAACGGACAUCUUCUAAUCCAGAGUGUCUGGCUGGAUGAUGAAGGUCUAUACAUCUGCGAGGCCAAGAACCAGUUUGGAACCAUCAAAUCUGAGGCCAGAGUUAGUGUCACUGGACUGGAGCCACCUCUAUUGGCCCAAGUUGCCCCAGUGAUCACCACCGGGAGCGGUCAGUCACUUAGUAUUCCUUGCAUGUUGUUGGAUGGAAUUCCUCUUCCAGAAAGACACUGGUCCAAGAAUGGAAAACCUUUCCAUCUGAACAGAAGGAUGUUCUUGAGGAGCGAUGGCAGUUUGUACAUCGAAAGAGCCAUCCCAGAGGACACUGGGAUUUAUGUGUGCACUGCGGUUAAUGUGGCAGGCUCCGCGAACAUCACAGUCAGCCUGGAGGUUCACGUGCCCCCGGAGAUCAGCGCUGGUCCGUACCACUACAUAGCCAACGAGGGUGUAGCCAUCAGGCUAUCAUGCGAAACUACCGGCGUUCCCAAACCAGAUGUUGUCUGGUCCAAGGGGAGGCAGCCCCUGCCCAGGGACAGCUCCGCUCUUCAGUCUGACUCUGAGGGACACCUCCACAUCCCCAACCCCUCCGCCGAAGAUGCAGGCAUCUACAUCUGCACUGCCACCAGUCCUGUGGGCUAUGCUAGUCGCGAGAUCCAGCUGAGUGUCAAUACUGUGCCAAAGAUAAUGGGCGUGACUGGUCACGACAACACAGUAAACAUGGCUGCAGAGGUGGGGGCAGAGGUUGUUCUCCCGUGUGAGGCUGAAGGGAGUCCUUCUCCGUUAGUCACGUGGAGCCGAAACGGGCAUCCCAUCCCCCCCGUCACAGCUGGGUUCACUGUUUUGCCUUCAGGCUCUCUGAAGAUCACUGAUGUGCGCCUGAUUGAUAGUAAACUGUACACCUGCACUGCAGAAAACCCAGCAGGCAACGCGUCCCUAAGCUACAAUUUACACAUUCAAGCUAAACCCAGGAUUCUGCCAGCACCCUCCCUCCUGAAAGCCCUGCUCGGCCAAACAGUGACUCUGCCAUGUAUAGCGCAGGGAGAGCCGAGCCCUGAGAUCAGCUGGUUUCGCAAUGGAUCACCUGUUGGGGACAAGAAUGUUACACCCCUGAGGAUCCAGCAGGUCAGCCACGCCGACCAGGCCGCCUACCGGUGUGUGGCCUCGAACAGUGCAGGACAGGAGACCUUGGAGAUCAAGCUGGAAAUUCUUGAGGCCCCGACCUUUGCCGAACCUGGAGAUGUUAUCAUGGAGAAAGUGGCAAACAGCAAGGUCAUCAUCCCUUGCCCCGCUAAAGGUUCGCCUAAUCCCAAAGUACGCUGGUUCAAGAAUGGCCUGGAGAUACACCCCGAACAACCCGACUUUUCCGUGGCGAGGGAUGGAGCUCUUGUAAUUAGCGCAGCGUCUGCCAGCCACAGUGGGGACUUCAAGUGUGUGGCAGUUAAUGAGGCAGGCUCUGUGGAGAGAAAGACCAGGCUAAAAGUGAAUGUUCCCCCUGAAAUUCAAGAUAAUGGCCAACCGCUGAACCUCACUGUCACCUUGAAGCAGCCUCUCACGCUGGGAUGUGACGCCUUUGGGAUCCCCUCUCCAACAAUCACCUGGACUAAAGAUGGCAAAGCUGUGGACAACCCUGGGGUGUAUCUUGAGAAUGGAAAUAGGCUGCUCAGAAUCUACAGAGUUCAGCCUGAACAUGCAGGACAGUUUGUCUGCACAGCUCAAAACUCAGCUGGAGAGACCCAAAGACAAUAUAACAUAGUGGUGCAAGCUCCACCUGUGAUCUCAGGAACGUCUCGAAUGCAGGAGUUAACUGUGGUACUGGGCCAGGAGGUGGAGUUUCAGUGUCGGGUUAGUGGAAAACCAGCGCCAAGAGUGGAAUGGAGCCGCGACGGAGAGGUUCUGUCCCGCGAUGGAGACCCUCAUGUGGAGUUUCUGGAAGAUGGCCAGGUGCUGAAGGUGAAGUCAGUAAGGCCGAGAGACCAGGGUCUUUACCGGUGUCUGGCCAGUAACGACGCAGGAACUCAGAUGCGCCAAUUUAGACUCAACGUCCAAGCCCCUCCCACUAUUAAGGGGACUACUGAGACAUCAGAGGUGUCAGUGGUGCUGGGUUUCCCUGCAAUCCUCCCCUGCAACGUCGAGGGCUUCCCCACACCCAGCAUCACCUGGCUCAAGGACAAUCACCCCAUCGUAUCCACUCCCCAGCUGACAUACACCCGCGGUGGGCUGGCCCUGCGGCUGGGUUCGGCACAGGGAGACAGCAGCGGCCUCUACACUUGCAGGGCUACAAAUCCAGCUGGCACUGCCAUCAAGCACUAUUCACUCAGUGUUCUGGUCCCACCGCAGAUAGAAGGAGACUCUACCUCCCUAACGUUUGGUGGUCAGGAACAGAAAGUGCGGAUCAACGGGAGCUUAACUCUGUCCUGCCUCGCCAAAGGUUUCCCCGAGCCCAAAGUCCAGUGGUUCAAAGACGGACAGCUGCUGACUGGAAACAUCCAUGCUGGCAUUAAAGAGAGCGGCCACUUCCUUCACAUAGAGAAUGCCAUGCUGUCCCAUGAGGGUCAGUACACCUGUGUGGUCACCAACUCUGCAGGAGAGGACAAGAGACACUUUCGUGUAACUAUUCAAGUCCCUCCGAUUUUCCACCGGGUGAAUAACAGGGAAGCAUCCUGGGGUUUGGGACACGAAGACGACCUUAAUGAUGAGAACGUGGUGGAGAAGCGGGAAGUUGUGCUAGGCCAUCAAAUCAGCCUGUCCUGUGAGAGCAAUGCCAUUCCCCCUCCCAAGCUCAGCUGGUAUAAAGACGGCAAAAAGUUAACCUCUGCAGAUGGAGUGGUGCUUCUUCCAGGGGGACAAGUGCUACAAAUUGCCCGAGUGCAGAAGGAGGAUGCUGGAAGGUAUACGUGUCAGGCUGUUAAUGAGGCAGGGGAGGAUCGCAUGCACUUUGAUCUGGAGAUUCUAGUCCCUCCUGUUAUUACUGGAGCAUCAAAGGAGUUUAUGGAGGAGAUAGGAGCAGUGGUUAACAGCACCGUGGUUCUACACUGUGACGUGAUUGGACAUCCAGCUCCAGUCGUCUCCUGGCUGAGAGAAGGGCAGCCGGUGCACAUGGACUCACAGCACCACAUCAGUGAGGAUGGGACUCAGCUUCAACUUCUCAGUGUCCAGGUUUCAGACAUGGCUGGGUAUUCGUGUGUAGCGGAGAACAAGGUCGGAACAAUUGAGAAGCUCUUCAGUCUGACAGUGCAAGUCCCUCCUAGAAUAACAGGCCCUAAAGAGGAGGAGGUUAGUGUGACUGAGGGCCACAUGGUGUCUUUGCUGUGUGACGUCCAAGCAUACCCUCCUCCAGAGAUUACCUGGACCAAAGAUGGACAAGUCCUCCAUUUCAGCACCAGCAUUCACAUUCUGCCAGGUGGCCAGAUGCUACAGUUGCCCCGGGCCAGACUAGAAGAUGCAGGGCAAUAUGUUUGCACAGCCACCAACUCAGCAGGGCAGGACCAGAAGAGUAGUCUCCUCAGUGUUUAUGUCGUGCCCACCCUGAAGCCCCGGCACGAUGCUGAGUCAGACUCGGUGACCCCUCAGGUUGGCUCCUCAGUCACCUUGCGAUGCGAAGCCCACGGCUUCCCCGAGCCUGAAGUCACGUGGUACAAGAAUGGGCUCCAGUUGGCUGCAGGGAACGGACUAAAGAUGGAUCAGUACCAGCUGGAGAUAAUAGGAGUCCAGAUGGGAGAUAGUGGCACGUACACUUGCAAAGUGUCCAAUGUGGCUGGACAGGCGGACAGAACCUUUAGGCUGACGGUUCAUGUUCCACCUGUCCUGGAUGGACCUCUUCGAGAGUCUCUAAAUUAUAGCCUGGGCUCCCACGUGGCUCUGCUGUGUGAGGCCACAGGCGUACCCGUUCCCAGCAUCUCUUGGCUUAAAGAUGGAACUCCUAUUGAAAGCAGCCUGCAGUGGCAGUGGUCUGUUCGAGGCACCAGGCUGGAGCUGGGGCCUCUCAGCCUGUCUCAUGCCGGAACAUACACGUGUGUGGCCAAGAACAGCGAGGGAGAAACACGAAAAGAGUACACAGUCACCGUGCAGGUCUCCCCAACCAUCCUGGACUCUGACCUCCCAUCUGAAGUGAGUGCACCCAGAGGAGAGGAGCUGACCCUGGAGUGCAGAGCAAAUGGAAUCCCCACACCUCGCCUCAGCUGGCUGAAAGAUGGAGUGACUCUGGAGGGAUCGGAUGCCCGUCACAUUGCCGUGACAUCUGAUGGCAGCACACUGACUUUGCUGCGCCUGAGUCCUGAGGAUUCUGGGACGUACACCUGCCUGGCUGUGAAUUCGGCCGGCCAGGAGAGCAAAAUCUACACCGUCUUUACUCUAGUACCGCCAUCUAUUUCUGGUGAGACCACCAUCCCCAAAGAGGUGCAGGUCACGCAGGACAGCGCUGUGACGCUAGAGUGUCAGGCAGCAGGAAACCCCCCGCCUCAGAUCAGCUGGCUGAAGAAUGGGCAUCCGCUGCUCCUCAGUCACCGCGCUCGCCUCCUCUCCGGUGACUCUUUGCUGAGGAUUUCUCCUGUGCAGCUGUCUGAUUCUGGAGUUUACACGUGUGUGGCACGCAGUCAAGCUGGUCUUGCAGAGCUCAGCUAUAAUGUCCAAGUCCAAGGUACAAUCCCAACAGUAGAUAACAUGAAAACAGAACAUGCUGGGUCGGUGGGGUUUCACACUCUGUGUUUAUGGUCUGCAGUGCCCCCCGGUGUGAAUCACGUCGAACCGGUGGAGCCAGUUUCAGUAAUCCAGGGAUCCUUGGUGACUUUAUCCUGUGAAGCACGUGGCGUCCCCCCUCCGACGCUAACGUGGAUGAAAGAUGGACAGCCGCUGUCCCUUCACCGCAACCUGCUGCUGGAUGGACAGGAGACAAGACUGCAGCUUCCUGACGUGGCCCCCUCAGAUGCGGGCUUUUACAGCUGCGUGGCUAGUAACCAGGCUGGAAGCAGUACCAAGAGCUUCAACCUCACCGUGCUUGAGCCUCCAAAGAUAGUCAGCUCCGACUCACCAGAAGAGCUGACCAUAGCAGUUAACAGUCCACUUGAGCUGGAGUGCUCUGCUGUGGGAGUCCCACCUCCUACCCUCAGCUGGCUCAAGGAUGGUCGGCCCGUGGAGAGAUCUGAUAUCGUUCAGCAGGACGGAAACUUUAUCAGGAUUAGCAAAGUUCAGGUCGAGGAUGCAGGUCUGUACACCUGCUUGGCCAGCAGCCUAGCCGGAGAGGAUGGAAAAAACCACUGGGUCCGGGUCCAAGUACCACCAACGCUCCUUGGCUCCGGUGAUGUGAGGACAUUGACAGUGCCGGUUAACGGUCACCUCACUCUGGAGUGCCUGGCUGACAGCGACCCUCCUCCACACAUAGAGUGGUACAAGGGUGAAACCAAACUGCAGCUGGGUGGUCGUAUCCAGCAGCUUGCAGGGGGUCAGUACCUGGAGAUACAGGAAGUCAGGUCUGAGGAUAGCGGCCAGUAUAGCUGUGUGGUUACCAACAUAGCUGGAAGCAGCAGUCUCUUCUUCACUGUGGAAAUUCUCUUACCACCUGUAAUAAAGGAGAGCAGCUCAGUGGUGACUGUACAUAUUGGCCAGGAUGCAGUUUUACCCUGUGAAGUCAAAGGCGACUCCUCACCUGUGGUCAUGUGGAGGAAAGACGGCUUCCCCGUGCGUCAAGAUAACAAUAAAUACACCAUAUUAUCCGAGGGCUCUUUGCGCGUACAUGCAGCUCAGCUGAAUAACGCUGGUCGCUACUACUGCACCGCGUCCAACCAGGCUGGCUCAGAUCACCGAGGAGUGGAUCUUCGUGUGUUUGUGGGUCCCUCAAUCAGUCCGGGUCCAUUCAACGUGACAGUAACCACUGGUAUCAGAGCCCUGCUUAGCUGUGAGGCUGCAGGUAUACCUUCUCCUAAAGUAUCCUGGAAGAGGAAUGGCACUCCCCUGGAUAUCAGCCAGCAGCCUGGUGCAUACAGGUUACUGUCCUCAGGGUCUCUGGUUCUUUUGUCCCCAGCCAAUGAGGAUGAAGGUUAUUUUGAGUGCACUGCAGUCAAUGAUGUUGGAGAGGAGCGCAGAGUCAUCGAGGUCAUCCUGCAAGUCCCUCCAUCUAUUGAAGAUGAUGUUACGGCAGUUAAAGCUGUGAAAAUGUCUCCUGUCGUGUUGCCUUGUCACAUACAAGGACGCCCAAUGCCCACUGUCACCUGGACGAAGGGUGGAGCCAAACUGAGCUCCAGAGGAGGAAGCUACCGCAUCCUUCCCACUGGAGAGUUGGAGAUAACUGCUGCUUUGCCCAGUCAUACUGGCAAAUAUACAUGCUCAGCCAGAAACCCAGCUGGAGUGGCUCACAAACACAUCUCUCUCUCAGUGCAUGAGCUGCCAGAGAUCAGACCAAUGGCAGAAGAGGUACAAGUAGUGCUGAAUCACGGGACUCUUCUCCCCUGUGAGGUUCAGGGCUUCCCCAGACCAUCCAUCACCUGGCAAAGAGAGGGAGUUCCCAUAGCAACAGGUCACAGGCUGGCUGUGCUCCCGAACGGAGCUCUGAAGUUUUCCCGUGUGACGCUUGGUGAUGCAGGGACCUAUCAGUGCCUGGCAAAGAAUGAAGCUGGUGUAGCUGUGGGUCGGACAAAAUUAGUCCUUCAAGUUCCACCAGUGUUGAGCGUGCCUCAUGUCGAGUACAUGGCUGUGCUAGGCCAGCCAGUCAGCCUGGAGUGCAUAGCUGAUGGGCAGCCUCUGCCUGAAGUCACCUGGCACAAAGAGAGGAGGCCUGUGCUUGAUGGCGCUCAUGUGCGCGUCUUCUCCAAUGGAACUCUGGCAAUUAUUUCUACCCAGCGCAGCGACGCGGGUCUUUACACGUGUACUGCUAAAAACCCCGCCGGCAGAGCCAGCCAUGAUAUGAGGCUGCUCAUUCAAGUCCCACCCGUGAUUGCUCCUACACAGACGCAACUGUCAGUUAUCCAAGGAUUUCAGGCUCUGCUGCCCUGCGCUGCUCAGGGUUCACCAGAGCCUAAAGUGUCAUGGGAGAAGGACGGCAGCGUGGUGCCCAACCUCCCUGGCAAAUUCACCGUCUUACGGUCAGGAGAGCUGAUCAUAGAGAGGGCUGAGUCAGGAGACGCUGGUGUGUUUACAUGCGUAGCCACCAAUGCAGCAGGCUCUGCGAGGCAAGACAUCCGACUGACCAUCAAUAUGAGGCCUGCAUUCAAGGAGCUGCCAGGCGAUGCAAUGCUAAACAAAGGGCAGACUCUUGCCUUAUCGUGCCAUGCUCAGGGAACGCCUUCUCCUACUAUCUCCUGGACUGUCAACAACAGUCCCUAUGCAGGUGCCACUGUAGAUGAGGCAGGCAGAAGCUCCAUCAUCAUUGAGAAUGUGACUCGGAGUGAUGCUGGGACCUACGUGUGCAUAGCAGCAAACAGCGUGGGUUCCAUUAGAGCGCUCUCGUUCGUCCGUAUCAGAGAGCCUCCGGUGUUGAAGGGUGAAGCCCACACGUCUCAGACAGUCAUUCAGGGUGGCUCUGCUGUGCUUGACUGUCCCGUCCACGGAGACCCCAGCCCUGUCCUCCGCUGGCUCAGAAAUGGAAAACCGCUACCUCGCUUCCUCCGAAUGCAAACCCUCCACAACGGAUCUCUGGUCAUUUACAGCACCACUGCUGCAGAUGAAGGGGAGUAUCAGUGUGUGGCUGAAAGUGAGGCUGGAACAGCUGAGAGGACCAUUACGCUCAAGGUUCAGAUCAAUGGAGGCUACUCUAGCUGGCAGGAGUGGGGACCAUGCAGUAGCACCUGUGGCCAAGGCUUCCAAGAGCGAAUCAGACUAUGCAACAACCCAGAACCAGCUAAUGGAGGCCGAUCAUGCAGCGGCCCCAGUAUCGACUCUAGAAAAUGUCAGGUCGGCUUGUGUCCAGGUGAGGUUCCACGCAGGACUAGAGGCAGCCUGAUAGGAAUGGUCAAUGACAGAGAGUUUGGUGUGUCCUACCUGGAGGCCAACAUUACAGACAAUGAUGACGAGGGGAGCAGCACUGUGCAGGCACGCCUUGACAAUAUUCCUCCCACUGUGGGUCCCUUGCUGCGGGUGCUGGUGUCUGUGUUUGCACCCAUCUACUGGACCACCGUGCUGCAGAAUGGAGCAGCCAGAAAUGGCUACGCUUUCACUCAGGGCCAGUUCAGACAGGAGUCUCAGCUGGAGUUCGAGACUGGGGAAAUCCUACGUUUGACUCAUGUUGCCAGAGGUCUGGAUUCGGAGGGUGUUUUGCUAAUUGACAUAGUAAUUAACGGAUUUGUUCCUCCUUCAUUAUCAUCAUCUCACAUGAGCCUUCAGGAGUUCGAUGAGUCAUAUGUGCAGACGGGCCAAGGGCAGCUGUACUCGUGGUCAACGCAAACCCACCAGAGAGGAGGAAGCCCCAUGGUGCUGCGUUGUAAUCACACAAUUAUUUACGAGGGCCAGGAAGAGCGCCAGGGUCCUGUGCUUCAACUGCUCAAGGUUUCUGGGAUGAAUAGUGCCUACAACAUGUUUACGCUCACUUUGGACUUCCAUGUUACUGCCAGCCUACACGUACCAGAUGGUUAUGAAGACGCAUGCCCUAAAGGUUUCACUCUUGACACCACCUCCUACUGUGCUGAUGAAGAUGAGUGUGCGCUCCAGUCUCCCUGCUCUCAUUCGUGUAACAACAUUAUGGGAGGCUUUUCCUGUACCUGUCCGUCUGGCUUCACCAUUUCUGCAGACACCAAUGUAUGCCAAGAUAUCGAUGAAUGUUCCCAAGGCUCACACAUGUGCCACUACAACCAGCAGUGUGUCAACACAGUGGGAACGUAUCGCUGCCAGGCCAAGUGUGGACCAGGAUUUAAGGCCAGCAUCACAGGAACCAGCUGUGAAGAUGUAGAUGAGUGCCAAGAGUCCGCUGUCUCCCCGUGCCAGCACCAGUGCCUCAAUACUCUGGGUUCCUACCGCUGUGUUUGCCACCCUGGAUACCAGCUGUCAGGACGUCACUGCAUUGACAUCAAUGAAUGCACGAGAAACGUAUGCCCGGCUCACCAGCAGUGCCGUAACACAGAAGGAGGAUACCAGUGUUUCGACAGCUGCCCAGCUGGAAUGACCAAAGCAGAGAAUGGGGCCUGCGUGGAUAUUGACGAAUGCCAGGAUGGAAGUCACAUGUGUCGCUACACUCAGAUCUGUCGAAACACAGUCGGAGGUUAUGGAUGCGUGUGUCCCAGAGGCUAUCGAUCUCAGGGAGUUGGGCUUCCAUGUUUGGACAUCGAUGAGUGUCUGCAAACGCCAAAUCCCUGCGCCUAUCAGUGCCGCAAUGUGCCGGGCAGCUUCAGGUGUCUGUGCCCCCCUGGGACAGUGCUACUCGGCGAUGGGCGCUCCUGCGCAGGGCUUGAGAGAGGGCACACCUUCACAAACGGAACCAGAGUCAGGGCGAGACUCGUCCCACAGCUGGUGUCAUCCCUCGGCAGGCCAAUCCUCUCCCGUUCCCAUGGAGUAUCUCGCAUCACCAGGCAGAGCUGUCCUGUCGGGUACACCAACAGAGACGGCAAGUGUGUUGAUGUGGACGAGUGCCUCCUCAAGAAACCGUGCCAACAUGAAUGCCGAAAUACGAUUGGUAGUUUCCAGUGCCUGUGUCCCCCUGGAUACCAGCUGCUACCCAACGGCCGAAGCUGUAAAGACAUUGAUGAGUGUGUAGAACAAGGCAUCCAGUGUGGACGCAACCAGAUGUGUUUUAACACCCGAGGAGGAUACCAGUGUCUGGAUACACCCUGCCCUGCAUCCUACCAGAGUGGAAGAAGACCCGGGACCUGUUACAGGCCUUGCUUGCUGGAUUGCGCCACCGGAGGCUCUCCUCUGCUCCUGCAGUACAAGCUGCUCACUCUUCCCUCCGGCAUUCCAGCCAAUCACAACGUGGUACGACUGUCAGCUUUCUCAGAGUCUGGCAUCCUGCAGGAGCGCACAUCCUUUACAAUACUUGAGCAAGAACCGGAGGCAGGCGGGCUGGGGCAGGUGUUCGGUAUCAGAGAUGAGGCCGGCAGAGGGAUCAUCUACACCCUGCAGGUUCUGGACAGACCUGGACUAGUGAGGCUCAAAGUGCAGGCCACCACUAUAUCGCUGCAAGGCCGCAUUACCUACCAGAGCAUCUUUAUCAUCUACAUUUCCAUCUCACCCUACCCCUACUGAUCGUCCAUGCUGCUUUCCACAUGACUCUGCCCCCCCAGGAUGUUAGCAAGUGGAUAAUUAUUGUGUAUCUUGACUUGCGACUGAAUCAUAGCAGGAAAAGUCCUGUUCCAAAUCUUGGCUUCUGUGGGAUCUUUUGAUCACAGAGCAGAACAUCCUGUUCGGAAGACAUCUGAAGUUCAUUUCAUUACCCUGCACCCUCUUUGGGGUUAAAAAAUGCAGAGAGCAUCUAAUUCACAUCUGAAAAUUCAGAAUGUAUCAGGAACUUUUUUUUUAUGUUCUUCUAUCAAACAUUUUGUAUGUUAGUUUAAAGUGUUGCAUUUCUAUUACUGGGAAAAAUUCCUUUUCAUAUAAAAACAUGUUUGCAGCAUGGAAAUACAAGCCUGCUGCUAAGCUACUAUCACAGCUACGAAACUGUACAAUGUUACCCCUAUUAUUUUAAUUUAUUUAAGGAAUUUGAACACAUCACUGGUUAAUAAAACUUCCUGUCACAGAGAGUUUGACUUAUUAAGGAUCUACUGGCAUUGUAAUGGCACAUUGUAACUAGCUAACAACAGUCUUUCAUCUAUCUUAAUAUUUUUGUACUCUUUUCUUACGUUUUGUUGUCACGUAAAUUGUAAAGGUGCUAUUCUGAAUGUAUUUUGGCGAUACCAUUACAAGCGAUGUGAUUGGUGCUGAUUUUACAAAGGUAAUAUAGUUAUUAACAAAUAAUGAAGCACAGUUGGACUGCACUUACAUUUUCUCCAGCGUGGCGCUACAAACUAGCAUGCCUCUCCUGCUUUCACACCACUGUACAGAGCACUGUAUUGAAAGUUAUCGAUGGUGUUCAGUAGUCAAAUAUGUGCCGCUGUUGUACAAAUCUGAAAAGGAACAUAACCUGAAAACCAUAAAGUGCAGUUUAAGUACAGUAUGUCCCUGUUGCUGUAAAUGAAUGUCAAAUAUCCACAGAAAUAAAAUGGA